AUGGACCUAAGACUCUUCCUCCCCAAGCCGAAGGAAGAGGAGGAGGAUGAGGAGGAGGAGGAGGAGGAGGAGGGGGGGGAGGAGGAGGAGAACACCAGGGGAUGCUCUGGCGACAAGGAGAAGAGAAGGAGAAGGACAACAAACGACCUGUCCUUGCGCGCCCGACAUGAAUGUGGAUGGGUACCCGUCUCGAUCCUCCAGACUGUCGCUCGGGAGGAGCGCCUGUGCACUAUAUUACCGUGCUCGGGAGGAGCGCCUAUGCACUAUAUUACCGACCUUCGCGCGGCCCCCGAGACGAGCGCCCUGAACUUUCGCCAAGACAGCCGCGGCUCGCGGGGCACGCAACGGGGCACGAGCGCGCGCCUGCCUCCGGCGAUCAGCCACGCGGCGGUGGGCACCUCGGAGUCGGGCCGAACGGGCCUCGACUUGAAACUCAGGUGA